UACAAAAGAACAUCUUCAUUGACCAUAGAGGGAAGUCAAGGCAUUUCCUUGAACUUCAGGAACGCAACCAGCAGCACUAGACCAGAGCGACUUCGAACUAACGGUUGUGCACCAGGAGCAAGAUAAGCAGCGAGGGCUUUAACUUGCCGGGUUUUCGAAUGAUGUCCCAGCAAUGGCAACACAGUCCAUGCUGCAGGAUCGGAUCAGAGAGGCCCAGGACCUGCUGGGGCGGGUGGAGCAGCUGUGCGGCCAGCAGCCCCAGAGCGUGGAGGGCCGGGCCAAGCUGUGCAGCAAGCUGCGCGCCGAGCUCAAGUUCCUGCAGAAGGUGGAGGCGGGCAAGGUGCUGAUCAAGGAGUCCCACCUGCAGAGCACCAACCUCACCCACCUGAAGGCCAUCGUGGAGUCGGCCGAGAGCCUGGAGGACGUGGUGGGCGUGCUGCACGUCUUCACCUACGAGGGCCCCGACGGGCACAAGCAGACGCUGGUGGUGGACGUGGUGGCCAACGGCGGCCACACCUGGGUGAAGGCCAUCGGGCGCAAGGCCGAGGCGCUGCACAACAUCUGGCAGGGGCGCGGCCAGUACGGCGACAAGAGCGUGGUGCGGCAGGCCGAGGACUUCCUGCAGGCCAGCCGCCAGCAGACCGUGCAGUACAGCAACCCCCACAUCAUCUUCGCCUUCUACAACGGGGUGUCCAGCCCCAUGGCCGACCGGCUGCGGGAGAUGGGCAUCUCCGUGCGCGGGGACAUCGUGGCCGUCAACUCGGUGGGCGGGGUGGACGAGGGCGGGGCCCGGGAGGAGGGGAGCGAGGACGAGGAGGACGGCAGCAGCGGGGGGGAGGGAGAGGAGGGAGGCGGGGACGAGGAAGGCCAGGGGGAGGAAGAGCACGACGAUGAGGACGACGAGGACGCCCUGCACACCAGGGUGGACCGGGCCACCGUGGUGGCCAGCCUGGCCUUCCCGACGGAGGUGAAGGUGGACGUGUGCAAACGGGCCAACCUGGACAUCACCACGCUCAUAACCUACGUGUCCUCGCUCAGCCACGGCAACUGCCACUUCGCCUUCCGGGAGCAGGUGCUGACGGAGCAGGCGGCCCAGGAGCGGCAGGAGAAGGUCCUGCCCAAGCUGGAGGAGUUCAUGCAGGGCAAGGAGCUGUUCGCCUGCCAGUCGGCCGUGCACGACUUCCGGGUGAUCCUGGACACGCUGGGGGGCCCCGGGGAGAAGGCCCGGGCCGAGGAGCUGCUGGCCCGCCUGCGGGUGGUGCCGGACCAGCCCUCGGACCGCACCCUCCGCCUGGUCACCAGCUCCAAGGUCAACCGCCGCUCGCUCACCAUCUUCGGCACCGGCGACUCGCUGCGCGCCGUCACCAUGACGGCCAACAGCGGCUUCGUCCGGGCCGCCGCCAACCAGGGCGUGCGCUACACCGUCUUCAUCCACCAGCCGCGCGCGCUCACCGAGGGCAAGGAGUGGAGGGCCACGCCCAUAUGAGGGGGGGUGGGGGUGGAGGGGGGCGCUUGAGAGGGAGGGGGGAACCGGAGGACCGGAGAAGGUGGGGAAAAGGAUGAAUGUGUGAAAGGAGGAGUGUGGUGCUUCAGCAGAAGAAACAUGUCUGAUGAAAGGAUGGGGAUGGGGUUGGGGUGGAGGAAUAUGAAAAAGAGAGAAACACCAGGAUGCCUGUGAGAGGAUGUUGCAAGUAAGUUCCUGAAAGACCUCUGUAAAGCCCAACCAUCAGUGGUAAACGGUUGAAAGUUCUCUGGAAUACACCAGACAAAUGCAGCUGCAGAAUGGAUUCAUUCAGUUUUGAACCACUGAUUGACAGUGGAUCACUGGUACUGUUCAGGUGCUAGUGCUUAUGAUGUCCGUAUGUCGUAAAAAGAGUCAGUCCUAACGAAUGCUGUUGUGGUCAGGUCUGGACACCAGAGGGUGCAUCUGAGCUUUAUUUUGUCAUUUGGCAGUAUGACAACUUCAGCGUCACCUCUAGCCAUUUGUCAGAAAAGCAAUUUCUUCAGUCUUCUCUUUGAACAAUCACCCCAGAAUACUUAUGUGUUUUGGUCUGUAUAAUUUUGAAAAUAAUGGUAAGAAAUUUAAUCCAAAAAUUCAAUGUAAACUACAUGUACUGAAUAUUUAUUUUGGAAUGAUAUCAGUUAGAUUUGCUUUUCACGGACUACUGUUUUAAAUAGCUUCAGACAUAUUGGGACCUACUGCAAGCACUAUAGCUAGGAUUUGGAAAAGACACAUGGGACAGAUUAGUCUCUAGAUAUUUUGUGUGUCAUGUACAAAUAAAGCAACGCCAUUAUUUAAAUGUAAACUUUGGGGAAAGCACCAUGUUCCACAAAAAAAAAAAAACUAUUAAAGAGUGUAAGCAAA